CUCAGUUUUCCCGGCUUGAAGGAAGACGACGGGAAAAUAGUUAAAGAAUGCCUUCAAGUUCAACUACAAAGCUGCCAUAGGAAGGAACCAAAAGAAUGAGUGCAAUGAAGCACUUUGAAGAGAAUGACUAUGGACAAAGAAAAGAAAAUGGGUUGACGUUAAGUACAGAAGAAGAUUGUGACGAUGAGAGUGAUUGCUUAGCAGAGAUACUCGACUGCAUUAACCUGUAUAAACGAGAUUCAACCAAACGAGAGGUCUCCUGGGAGAAGUAUGGCCAAUGGAGGCAAGAACAAAAGAACAGAGCUGCAAGACUAGAGAAGCAGCUAAAGGCAAGGUGGGAACUUGAGGAACUAAUAGAAGAACAAUUGAGCAGCUUCCAUGCCCACUACAACCGAGCCAUGGUCCCAAACCGACUCAAGGACAUCUCCCAAAUCCUCAUGCCUAAAUGGGCUCCAACAUAUGAACUGGCUGCUAUGUCAUGGCUAGGAGAUUGGCGACCCUCUGCCAUUUUAGACCUUGUGCGUGUCCUUGUCCGCUCAUCCACAUCGUUGCCAUCAUCUUCGUCAUCACCAUCCUCAUUCUGCGGUUCCGAUUCUCCUGGCGCCGAACAGCUCUUGUCACAGCUCAUUAAUGACAUUCGCAUUGAAGAGACAAUAAUCGAUGAGGAGAUGGCUGAGAUUCAAGCCACUUGUAUUCUUCACCUUCCCUUUGGCCCCAUGAACAUUAAACCAGGUGGAGCUGGUGCCUUGACUUGUGUUCAAUCUGUGUUCAAGAAUAUUGAACGGGUUAUCACUAAAGCCCAAAAACUCAGGUUCAAGGCAUUGGAGUUGGUGUUAAAGAAGGUAUUGAGCCCCAUUGAUGCAGCAGAGUUCUUAGUAGCGUUUGAGGAAAUUCAAGAUACGAUUCACCAGUUUGCAGUGAACCAUAGGCAAGAAAAGGGUCCAGUCUCGGUGGUGCCCUUUAAGGCCUCUUGAUCAUCAUGUGACCAAAGCCAAAGUCCUCGCAUACCUUGAAUUAUCAGAAAUCUUGUUCUUUUCAGAAGAAGAACUCUAUUUUGGUCGUCACUUCAUAGGUAAUAUAUUGUCUAGUGGAACAACAUUGUGUUGUUCUAAUAGUUAUGUGAAAAAAGGUAUUUUGUAACAGAUUUAUGAAGUUUUCCUUAAAAAAAAUGAAAUCUGUUCGAAUAUUUUGUAAUGAAUAUCAUAUUAUCUAGUAGUGAUUACUUUGUUUAUUA